AACUUUAUCGACGCGCCUAGCAAUGUGAAAUGGUUCAAACACGUUUUGGAGGUGUAUUAGGCUUCAGAUGCACGAGCAUUCCAGACGAUGAAUAUUCUGUGGCUUAUUUUUUCUCUGGCAAUGUAUAGUGUUGAAGGACAGUUUGAUUAUGUACUGGAUCUAGUUAAUGAGUCAGAAGAUGGCGCGGCAGUCCCUAUUUCCUUUGAUAGAGUCUCGUUUUACAAUUCUUUUCAGGUACUGAACCAAAGUACUACGUUAAAAGCUGAACAUGAGUCUCAAGGCCUUAAAGUAACUUCAUUCCUCAACAUGUCUGAAGCUACGAAGUAUUCGUGCCUGUUUGAAUGUGACAGAUGGGUAUCUGGGCCUUCAAUAUGCACGAGACUAACCGUUAACGAGGCUGAACAAAACAGAAAACAACGUAUUCCAUUUUUUGAUGUAUUUAAUUUAAGCAAUGUUAGCACAUGCAUUGAGACUGUGUGGACAGGUGCAAAAAUAGAAACGUUUUGGUCAAAAUAUAUUGAAGACUUUUUAAAAAUAAAUCCUUGUACACCAGCUUGCGAAUUGUGGAAAUAUAAAACUAAUCAACCUUUAACAACAACCAUGAGUAGCCAUUCAACCAAUCAGCAAGUAAGAUUCAAUACAACAAAUCAUCAUUUAUCAGCAGCGGUUAAAUUCAGCACAACGAAUCAGCCUUUAUCAACACAGAUGAGAUCAAAUACCACGAUUCAGCUUAUAGACAAUGACGACACAAUUGAGUAUAUCAUUAUUGGAGCCUGCGUUUUGGCAGUAACAAGUAUUUCUACGCUUGUCAUCAUAUUUACAAUACAACAUAUAAAAGAAAGGAACUGGUCUCAACAGGAGAGGUCAAAAGCCAUCCAAGAAAAUACCACACAAACCACAAAUUCCGAAACUCUAAUGCAUGACCGUAUUGGAGACCUUGAAAGCCUUUCUCGUCUCUAAAAACUUCCCGAACCUAACGUUAAGCUCGGACUAGACAAUUACAUAAAUUUAACUGAGUUACACAGUACGGAUGAGAGUGUGUCAGAUGAACACAUCUACCAAACUGUGUGUACUGCGCCA